CCUUUGUGUUGAGCUGUGUCUUCCCCCGACGGCCUCGCUACGGCGAUGUAUCAGUGAGCAGUCUCCACUCCGGAGGCGAGGCUUUCUUCUCCUGUCUGAGCGGCUACAUGCUGCAGGGCUCCAGCCUGCUGACCUGCCGCAAUGCUAGCACCCCCUACUGGAGUGGCGCAGAACCACACUGCCUUGCUGCAUGUGGUGGUUUGAUCAGGAACGUCACAGUUGGUCGGAUCGUCUCUCCUGGGUUUCCCAGCAACUACAGCAACAACCUGACCUGCCACUGGCUGCUGGAGGCCCCUGAGGGCCACAGACUACAUAUCCACUUUGAGAAGGUGGCGCUGGCUGAGGACGAUGAUCGGCUGCUGAUCAAAAAUGGUAACAGCAUAGAUGCAGCUGCCCUGUAUGAUUCAUAUGAGGUGGAGUAUCUUCCCAAUGAAGGUCUACUCAGCACGUCCAGGCAUCUCUUCAUUGAGCUGACUUCAGAUGCUACUGGCACAUCUACUGGGAUUGCCAUCAGGUACCAAGGCUAUGCAGCAGGCCACUGCUACGAACCCUUCGUGAAGUACGGUAACCUGACCAGUAGCGACAAUACUUGGGCAGUGGGAGCUGUGGUGGAGUUUGCCUGUGACCCUGGCUAUACUCUGGAACAGGGAUCUGUCACCAUUGAAUGCAUGGACCCCAACAAUCCCCAGUGGAACGAGACCGAGCCUGCCUGCAGAGCUGUGUGUAGUGGCGAGAUCACAGACUCCGCUGGAGUGGUGCUGUCUCCUAACUGGCCUGAAGCCUACGAUAAAGGCCAGGACUGUAUUUGGGGAAUCCAUGUUGAGGAGGACAAGAGGAUCAUGGUGGACAUUCAAGU